AUGGUCUCGGAAGCUCCAAAGAUUGAAGGUCUGUUCCAUGAGCAGCCCACCUGCCAGACCGGGAGCAUAGCAAUGUGGCACUCCCUCAUCCGUAACAACCCUGUUACGUCGGAUUGUCAAGUCAUCGGGGUCGGCUGGUACAAGAAACGGAAAGGGGUAGAGCAUGAGUUCUUGCGGUUUGACAUCUCUUCCCCUGACAAUCAGCACACAUCCAUUGUCAUUGCCGAGAGGAGUGGUGGUGCUCACACUCCAAACUCCGAUGCCAUACCAGCUGCCGAUACCCAUGCUCAAACGGACACAGCGGAAGACGCCGUUACUUCGCCAGACCUCACGGCGUCGCCGCCCACUCCACCAGAGACUUCUGCACGCUCUCCUGAUGUCGGCGAUUCCACUGCAAGUAGUGCCGACGAAAGCAGUCCUCCGUUAGACAAAGUUACUAAGAGCAAGGGCAAAAAAAAACAGAAGAUGACUACAGCUGAACUUGCAGCUGCUAUUUCCUCCAGUCCCAAGCGGGACGCUCAUGAUCGCGUUCAUUUUGGAACGCGUCUUACUGCAGCAGGCGCUCAGGUGGAGGAGAUGUGCGACAAGCCUCAACGUCUCUGUACUUUAUCGUUUACUGAUGCAAGGCCUACUGCAAACGAGCUAGCGACCUUGCUUUAUGUAACCUCGGCACAGGAGCCCAAGUACGCCAUUUACCAAACACAAUGCUACUGGUUCGUUGCAACUGUGUUUGACGCUCUCAAGAUGCUAUACAAGGGUGCCGUGCAAGAUAACCCGACCCAUCGGGGGGGUACAUUUCGUGGGGUACAAGUGGCUAUCAAGGCGAGCGGGGAAGAGGUGUGCGCCAAGUAUCGUGAAGCUCGAGCUGCUUUGGCCGAGGAAAUUGAACAGAAGCGCAGGCUUAAACAACAGGAAGAGGAAGAGAGGCAACGUGAACGCGACCAACGCCAGGCCGCGGAGGAAGCCGCGAAAAGGGCGGAGGAGGAAAGGCGUGCAGCCGAAGAGAGGGCACAGGCAGCGGAGGAGGAAAGGCAGAAAGAACGCCAGGCCGCAGAGGAAGCCGCGAAACGGGAACGCGAGCAACGUGAGCAACGCGAGGCGGCCGAGGAAAGGGCACGGGCAGCGCAAGAAGAGAUUGCGAAGUUACUCCAAGAAGUGGAGGCGUUGAAGAGAGCGGGGGCAAGUACUCAACAGGCUUGA